UAUGAAACCUUUCAAUCAACUCUCACGGCACAGCCAAAAACCUUACUCGGAACAAUGUUUCAAGAUCGGAAUAAAUGCAUGAGACAUCCAAUUAAUGGAAAUGAGUACUUUUUUGAUCGUAAUAGUGAAGCAUUUUAUUAUAUAAUGGAAUUCUAUCGAACUGGGAAGCUUAACUGGUCCACAGAAUCUGGAAGAGUUACUUGGAAACAACUUGAAGAAGAACUUGAUUACUUUCAAAUCCCUUUUAAUAGACCGACGGUAAUUUGUUCAUCAGUUUUAGAAACUAUUAGAACUAAUUUUAAUAACCUUAUAUCGAUGUUUGAAGAAUUGAUCAUUAGUUGUUGCAAUUAUCUUAUAACUAAUAUCAAAUUAGAAAUUAAGGAUGAUUAUAUUCAUAUAAUUAAAGAUACGUCAGCUGAUAGACAUUAUUAUGAUUUACAAGAUUUACAAACGUCUUGUUCAUCAAAAUUUACGUACUCUAAAGCUCUUGUUAUUUUAAAUAAUAUGGUAAACUACAUUGGAGAUCAUUUAAUUAUAAGAUUUUCUGAUUUAGGACUAAAAUGGAAAGCUGGACGAAACCAAUAUAAUGAUCAUUUGAUCACUAUCUCUCUUUCAUUUGAAAAUAUUUAUAAAUGUUUAAAUGAAAGAUAA